AUGUUUUACUGCUCACAAUUGUUUAAAUUCCAGCAGGCCAUGACCAAAAACGCGGCUGUACCAGCAAAUGGCCUGGUAUUCGUGGCCAAUGUUCUCAUUCCUAUUGCCAUUUUGGUCUUCUCUUUUGGAUUCUUUCCAUAUAAGCCUCUGAUUCCUGGUCUGGCCACAUUCGGAGAGCCUAAUAAUGCUCCGCCAAAGGUCUUUGAUAAGGUUAUCUUCAUGGUGGUUGAUGCGCUGCGGAGCGAUUUCGUUUAUUCGAACAAUUCCGGGUUUCUAUUUACUCAAAGUCUUAUUCGGUCCGGUUCCGCAAUUCCCUUUACAGCUUAUGCAGGGUCACCAACGGUUACGAUGCCUCGCCUAAAAGCUAUAACAACAGGAUCCGUUCCCUCUUUUCUUGACGUUAUCCUCAACAUCGCUGAGUCUGAUACGUCGUCGACACUUGCAUAUCAAGAUACGUGGCUUGCUCAAAUCAGGGCAAAAGGAGGGCAACUGACGAUGUACGGAGACGAUACUUGGCUAAAGCUGUUCCCUGGGAUGUUUAGCAGAUCGGACGGGACAACAAGCUUCUUCGUGUCGGACUUUACUGAAGUAGAUACGAAUGUGACUCGUCAUAUACCUGAUGAACUUGUUCGAAAUGAUUGGUCGGCUCUAAUAAUGCAUUACUUGGGCUUAGAUCAUAUAGGGCAUAAAUCUGGACCGCAAAGUUCAUACAUGAUACCAAAGCAGCAUGAAAUGGACUCGAUAGUCACGCAAGUAUACAGGGCGAUAGAGCAGGAGGAACAUCUGCAAUCAACCCUGUUUAUAUUAUGUGGUGACCAUGGGAUGAACGAUGCUGGGAAUCACGGUGGCUCUUCCGCAGGCGAAACCUCACCUGCGCUGCUCUUUAUUUCGCCCAAGCUCCAAGCCUUGAAUAUCAGUAGAAAAAGCCCUGUGGAUGUGGCUAAUGAUCUCCAGUACUAUCGUCAUGUAGACCAAACUGAUAUUACUCCGACUCUUUCUGGUCUUCUUGGACUGCCAAUUCCGUUAAACAGCCUUGGCGUAUUUAUUCCCGAGUUUCUUGCGAUGUGGCAUCUUGGUUCUCAGAGAAUACAGUUGCUCAUUGAAAAUUCCAGACAACUGCUAGGCACACUGAAAGAAACAUUUCCGUCCUACGGGUUUGAAGACGGUACAAUACCGGCGGCUACUUGUUCCUCUGAUCUGCAUGAUGGCCUGGAAAGAGUCUAUUGUGCAUGGGCAAAAGCACAGACAUUAUUACAUAAAAACACUGUACCUGAUGCAGGUGAUAUUCAAACGGAGGUUGAAUCGGCUCUAUUGCACUUCCUUGGGACAUCCCAGGAAGUGAUGAGCGGUGCCUCUAGCAACUAUGGUCUAGGAUACCUUUCUCUAGGUAUAUGUAUCGCCGGUUUCGCUGCCUUGCUCUCCCUACCUGCAACGUAUAGAGUCCUAUCAAAAUACCGACACCCCGGCUUGUUUCUGGUGGCAAGUGUUCUACUUUACGGUGCGAUGAUGUUUGCAAGUAGUUAUGUGGAGGAAGAGCAACAGUUUUGGUACUGGACAUUUACCGGAUGGGUUUUCUACCUACAUGCUAGAUCCUUUCGGUUUGAACGAGUUACUCCUGGCAUCCAAAACGACCAAGCAUCCCGAGUUAUAGCGAAUGUGGUUACCACGGUGAGGUAUAUUGUCUUAGGAGCCUCUCAUAGACUCAUGAGACGCUGGAAUCAGACUGGCCAAAAAUUUGCCGCAGAGCCUGACAUCGCACGGGUAUACUUUCCAGGCCAUCAGAGUAGCCUUUGGAUAUUGGUGGGUUUGACAUAUGCUGGUGUCUAUUUACAACUAAUGAACGGUUUCUCUCCAUCCUGGAUGUCACGUCUCCUCUGCCUCAGCGUGACCGCCACAAGCUUCAUGUUCAAGUUGGUUUUUGCGGAGUCGGAGUCGCCCGAGCUUCUCAAUGAAACCGUCUUUGGGGACAUCGCGACCUUACUCAGGGGAAUGUCGUUAGUCAUAUAUGCGCGAAUUGCGAUGGCUGGGAUUGCUAUUCUUCUGUUGUCGACGGCCUUUGCCAAAACCAAUGGAAAACUGCGCAGAAACAUAGCAUCGUCAGGCAUUGUGGCCCAUGAAGCUCUAACGCUUUUCCUCUUAACCCAGUCAAGGGUAACAAAUAUUCCGAUUUUCUUAAUUCUCAGACUACAACUCAAAGUUUUGGCAUCGAUGAACCUAACAUCGGUUGAAAUCACCAUGACGGCCUUGCUUAUGCAAUAUCUCACUUUUUUCGCCUUUGGUGGUUCGAAUGCUAUCUCUUCUGUUGACCUUUCCAAUGCAUACAAUGGUAUUGGCGAUUACAACAUCAUCUUAGUCGGUAUCCUGACAUACGUGGGCAAUUGGGCCGGUCCAAUAUGGUGGGUGUCGGCUACUAAGCUUCUAAGAGAAGGCCAAACUUGGGACGAAAGGCAGACUCACAUAUGUCUUUUGACUUUCCACGCGGCUACAACACUGAUAUCUGUUAUGGCCGCCUGUACAGCGUUGAGGACCCAUCUUUUUAUUUGGACUGUUUUUUCGCCGAAAUAUCUAUACACAAUUUCUUGGGCGAUUAUCCACCACUUCGCGGUGAACCUAUUGAGUGAAAUUUCUCAACUUUUUCCCGCCAUUACAUAG